AUGGAGGGUGGUAGGACGGUCAUCGCCACGCCUGAGAACCGACGUGCCUUCGUUGAAUUGAUGAGGACACAAUUGAACUUGGUUGCUCCAAAGCCCAAAGAAGUGGCUAUGACGGCCUUGGACUUUCAUGACAUGUUGGUCUUGCUGCUGGACGACUUCCCUCUGGAUUUGAUCAUCGAAGCUUCGGAUUUUGCACCCCGCGUGGUGGAUGCUGCAUGCCACCACUUGAUCGGCCAGCCUGCGCCAGACCGUGGUGGCAUUGCGUCAGCAUUGGCCAACGGUGAAGUGCUGUUCUCCAUGCACGAUCUUCAACGCAUGGUGGAGUUUCGGCUGGUCUAUGGGGAGGUGCUGGAGGCUGUGGGUAGGUACUACCAAGGCCGAGCAGAGAGCUGCCGCUAUGAGCUGGUGAAGAGCCUCAGGAGCAAGCUGAGUGCUGGCAUCCGAGCGUGCGGGCCCUCUGAAGGUGCUUGGCAACGGCUGCUGUGUGGCCCCACUGGCUCCAUCCUCACCUGCAAACUGGAAACCCUCACCUACGUCGAGGCCGCAACCGCAACAGUGGGGAAAGAUCAUGGCAGCUGA